AUGACCAGCUUCAAGUCGAUGCCUUCACCCUACUCACUAGCUGACUAUACCCUGGCGGUACCACACGACGACGACGGUGAUGGUUUGCUUCACCCGGCGAUGUUCCCUUCUCGCUUUGGUUCUGAUGCGUCUCCGCCUUUGACGAUUUAUUCUGCGGAUUUUGUGAUUGCUGCGGAGGGUGUUGUGGGUUUGGGGUUUAGUCCCGGUUCGAAGAGCUCGGGUUCAGGUUCGAGUUCGAAGUCGAAGACGAAGGAGGCAAGUCCCACCGGUCACGCAGGGACGACGUCGCGAGAGUCGUCGUCGUCCUCCAAAAGCCGGUCCGCUACUACUUCGCACACUACUGCGCAUCUGGGGGCUACGGGUGUCGGGACGCUUAGUCGGGUCCUUGGGAGUUUUGGAGUUACGACUCUUGGUCUUGAGGCGAGUGUGGAUUUGGGAGGGACGGCGGGUACGAGAGUUAGGGAAGGUUCUGGUAGUCGGACGGGUUAUGCUACGGCUACUGUUACGGUUGUGGAGGAGGUUAAUCUUGCUAGCCGUACUGCGACGCGUAGCGGAGGAGGGACUCCGGCGACGAGACACACGAGAGCUACUGUGACUGGGGAGGCGCGAACUACUACUACGGCGUCAAGGCCAACCGGAAGUACGGAUAGGGAACUUGAAUCGAAACCGACCGUGGUGGAGAUAAUCGAUGGAGCGGCUGGUAUUACGACCACGCUUGGGCGGGGAGCGCAGCAGACGGACGCAGCGCUGGGCAGUCUCGUUGGUGGAUAUCCUAUAUUCGUAUCUCGGACGGCGGGGGUUAUAGAGAUUAGUGUUCCUCCGAACCCUCUGGCCGUUAGCACUCAACCGGAUCCUGGACUGGACAACCAAACAGUAUCAUUGGACGAGUCGAUGCUGACUUUGACUAUUCCUUUGGAGACGGGAGUAGUGAACGGCACGGAAACCGGCAGUAUGGAAACGAGUGUACCGAGUGGUGAAGCUAGCACAAUCUCGCCGCUGAAGACAUCGUCGACGCCGUCAAGACCGUUCCCGGGAGGACUUUUGAAGCUACACACGAUGGCCUAUUCGGAUUCAGAAGAGGAACUUGAACAAGGCAUUGAAGAGGAUUUCUGGCCUAUUGUCGGAAUUCUUGCUGAAGACAAGAAACGGUAUAAAGUUCGCUGGGAUGGCACGGACCCGAAAACUGGGAGGCCCUGGCCUGACAGUUGGGUGCCCAAGGAAGACGUUACGGAAGAUGUAGAGGACGAUUGGAACGAUUUGCCCCUAGCAGAGCGCGAGAAACGCACUGCGGAACAGAAACAACUGGAGAAGCAGAAACGGAGACGAUCUUCGAAUAAAAGUGCGAAACGCGCUAGCACUAGUGCGGUGGGCAAGGCUAAGAGCGUUGUGACCGCGACCAAGUCGACGGUGUCCAAAGCUCGUGCGUCAACUUCGACGUCGACGACUGCGGUAUCGAAAAACCGGGAAGCUAUUGGCACGUUUGGGGAAUCUAUAUCUACCCACUCGCCCAGAGUCAAGCGAGAAGAGGAGCCUGUGUCAGUGGGUUCCUCGAAACCAUCCACGAAACAACGGGGCAAGAAACGGUCGCACGACGAGGACGACGAGGACACCCGCUCCACCGGGCCAAGCGCCCUCGCUAAAGCCUAUACAUCCGCCCACGAGAAACCCGGUCCUUCCAAGAAGAAGCUCAAGGUCGACCACCCACACGCAAAGUCCGACUCGAUGGUCAAACGGUCAUCUACACGGGCGCAACCAGCACCUCCUCAACGACCAAAGCCACGGCGUGCUCCAGACCCGGAACCCUCUUCUGACGAUGAUUCCGAGCUGGAGGUCGCCGCUGUUAUUUCACCUCAGAGGAGGCAGCAGGUGUCGACGAAACCACAGAACGCGUCGGCGAGGCACCAGCAAGCGUCUGGGCCCAGGGAUAAAUCCAAGCCUGUCAAGACUGACUGGAAGGGCAAGGGCAGGCAGGUUGACGAAGAUGACGAUGAAGAAGACUGGGUGGAUGAAGAUGCCAUGGAUGUCGAGGAUGAGGAGGAUGAAGAGGAGGUCAAGGUGGUGUCUUAUAAACCUCGUCCGAGGAAGAAGAAAUCACCGCCUGUUGAGGAGGCAUUUGUACCAGAAGAUGGAGACGAGUUUAUGGUGGAGGAGGAUUCAGAGGAAGAACCACCGGCACGGCCCAAGAAGUCAAAGUUCCCUGGCUCGAGCGAUGUGAGCAAGCCCUUCAAGCUCUCUGACAAAGUCGGACCGCCGAAGAAACCGAAGAGUAUCAAGUCGAAGGAUAAGGCCGGUCCCUCCAGACGAUCCAAACCUGUUGUUGAGUCGGAAGGGGAGGAGGAAUCCGUGGCGGAAACAGCUGCCUUGUCGAGGAGCCGCGAGUCCCACUCAUCUGCGAGCAACGGUCAACGGAAGUCGACAAAAGGCAAAGAGAAAGCCCCAGCCUCUGAGGGCGCCAGUGCGAAGAAAGGCGGGACUUCAUUGGAUGACCACUCUUCAGACGAGGAGUUGGAGAGAAGGACUGAACGGUCAGAGGCAUCGACUGCCCUGCCUCCGGUUGUGUAUGACGAGGAUGACAUUGACUCGAACGCGCACGAACUCAUGUAUCCUCCCGAAACUGACGAUGCUGCAGCAUCUCCCAAACGGAAUUCCAAGGGAAAACGAAGGACAGACGAUGAUACAGACGAGGAAGUGCCCGAGACGCAAUCUCUCGAAGAACAAUCGCGGCGGCUGGUCGCGACUCCGUCGCGAUCGCGGUUGAUCACACAGAUGAAACCAAAGACGCCAUCUGCCUCGAGGACGCCUGUCGUCGGUGAUGUGGUUGACCCAGUUCCGCCACCGCCCGAAUUGCUCGCCGCCUCCACCUCAUCCAAGCCCAGGGGGACCUCCAAGCAAAAGACACUCCAUCCCAUCCCGCAACUCUCACCCUCCAAAUUCGCUCAGUACAUCUCGUCGCAGAACGACUCGACGAUCGAAAACCCGGACGAUUCGCAGCAACUCCCUCAAAGUUCUGCUGAACAGAUCGAGCAAUUCGAUUCGCCUGAAAAGCGACCUCAAACUCGGAUUGCGAUCGCUGUGGCUACAUCUAAAUCCACUGCCUCGUCCUCUGUAAACGGGCGGAAGACCAGUCGACGAGGGUCUGAAGCUGAUUCUGACUACUGGACUGGGGAUGUAGUGCUAGCUCAAGGAUCUGAACCUCCCACUCCAGAUUUGCCGCGUCGGGCGCGGGCAGAACGACUGCAUGAGGAGUUCCAGCAGAAGAGGCGUAGUGAGACAGGGAGUUUCAAGGGUCCGCGGACGACUUUGGAGGACAUCCGCCGUUCGAGGUCGUCGCUCGCGCCGUCAGACGAGGAACAGGAACGUCAGCGCAGCCGUAGUCGGACGAGGUCACUCGAACCCCAGGAGCAUCCACCUUCUUCGCCCCCUCCUGUUCAAGACGAGCAGGAGCAGGAGCAAGUUGUGGUUGAUGAAGAAGACGAGUUUGGGGGACUGGAGUAUGUGGACGGGCCAUCUGAGGUGCCGGUUGUGGAGGUGGAGGAUUCGUUCGAGGAGCACCAGCAGCAGCAGACUGGGGCUGAUGUAACGCGGACGGAGACCCAGAUGGACGAGGAUGACGAUAACGAUGUGGUGGAGGUGAAGCCGGUGCAGGCGAUCCCGGAGGAAGAAGAAGAGUCGACACAGGAUUUGUUGCAUGAGAUGGAGGUGCACAAGGCGAUCAGCGAGGGUGUCGGCUCACCCUCGCCUGAACCUGUACAAGAACCUGGGCAAGACCAGCAGGAUGUAGAGAUGAUGCAAGACGUUUCGAUAAUACCGCAGCCUGGAACGCAACGUCGCGACUUGUCACCUGAGGUCGACAUGUCUGUGCCCGGUCCAUCACGUCCUCCUUCGAAAGCUCCCUCUGAGAGGCGAGUGCCUCGUCAUCAAGAGGAAUCUCAGGAGAUUCCAGCGACGUCCUCGAGCAAUCAGGACUCGUCGCAAGACACGAAUCCAAGCCUCGACUCUUCGCAACCCACAGGUGAUAAAUCUGCGGACCUCAAGGCCGUAUUAUCCCUUCUCAACGUCAAAUCGGAAGAGAUCGCUCGUUUGGAGAAGUUGCUCGCCGAUGAAAGAGUCAAGGUCGAAGAGCUCUCGAAGCAACUCGAGACUUCCAAGGACGAACUCGUACACGCAACGAGUAAGGUUGUUCAGCAACCAGACCAGUCCGCCGCCGUUGUCCAACUCCAAGCCGAACUCGACUCGACUAAAUCUGCCUACGAAGCCGACCGCAUCAAAUGGGAAGAGGAGAAGUUUAGGCUGGAGUUGGAGUUGAAGCGUGCGAUGGAGAGGAAGGACCUGGCGGAUCGGGAUUGCGCCUCGUUCAGGGAGCAGUACAUGAAAGCGUAUGCGGCCACGAGCGAGCUCCAGUCGGAGAAGAAGGACCUGCAGAAAGAGCUGGAGAUUGCGAAGAAGCAGACUGUGGAGGGCGUUGCUGCGAUCCGUGCCAUGUUUGACGGUCGGCUCAAAGAUCUGAAGAAGGACAGGGAUAAGUGGCAGCGCGUUGCCGAGUUUAUCAUGGAGAAGGAUAAGCGGACGAAUGAUGACAUUCGUAGGAGGGCUGCCGAGGAGCCUGAGGUUAGGCGCAGGUACCAGAAGUACAAGGAGAAGGCGGUUAUCCUAGAGCAAGAGAGGGAUAAUCUGCAUGCGGUGUUGGAGGAGAGGGAUGGGGAGAUUGAGGCACUCGAGGGUAGUUUGGCGGAUGAGAGGACGGAGAACGUUAAACUGCACGAGUCGGUGAAGGAGCUGAGGGAACAAGUCAGACUGUUGACGGAGCGUCGCGGCAGUUCUCAGCUCAGCCAGCCCGUGGUCUCUCAGCCUGUUCCUGUUUCUCAGCCCAUCGUGGCCCCAUCCCAACCAAGUCCGCACCUCAACGGAACGAGUAUUCCUGCGUCGUUGCCGCCCGAUCCCACCCCGACCGAUCCUACUCUCGUUGUCCGAUGUCAAUUCCGGUAUCCAGACAACCGCAUAUGCAACCACACCUUCGAAUCCAAGCAGGACUUGUACACGCAUAUGGUGUCGGUGGGCCAUAUACCCAAUAUCGGUGGUGACGCUCUGGACAACCUUGAUUGA